GGCAAACAGAAGCUCUACCCAAACAUGAUCUUUAAAAACCAGCUUGUUUUGAAUAAGGUGGACUGGAUCUGAACAAUUCUCCUUCCAUAAAGAUGCUGGAGUAUCUCACAAUCCUUGGCACCUUCGUGGCAAGUCUACUCCUCUUACUGUUCCCUAUUCUGGCUGGGAGCAACAUCACAGUUGCAAUUUUCUGGCAUGCGGUCCUGAAAGAGAAAAUGGCACGGCUCAUAACCGGAAAAAGCAAGGAGGACAGAAUUUUAGAAUUCGUGUUGCAAAAUGCUGUGAAAGGUGAUGCAAGGAGUGUGGUGGACAAGAUCGACAAAUACUGCAGAGAGAAAGAGUGGGCAAUGAAUGUAGGGGAUGAAAAAGGUGCAAUCUUGGACAAAGUGUUGGAGGAGGCAAAUCCAUUAACCGUCUUGGAACUGGGGACAUAUUGCGGUUACUCAGCCUUGCGCAUGGUCCUUGUGCUUAAACCUGGUGCUCGUUUACUGACCAUUGAGUUCAACCCAGCCAAUGUAAACAUUGCAAAACAGAUCUUCUGCUUUGCUGGUGUUGAGGACAAGGUGGAGAUCUUGGAAGGUUCAUCUGGAGUUAUUAUUCCUCAACUGAGGCAGCAGCACGAGGUGGACACUUUAGAUUUUGUUUUCCUUGAUCACUGGAAGGACAGGUAUCAACCCGACACCCAACUCCUGGAGGAGUGUGGUCUGCUUAGAAAGGGCACCGUUUUGCUGGCAGACAAUGUCAUUGCACCAGGAGCUCCAGAAUUUCUACAGUAUGUACGCAACAAUCCCCGUUACGUGUGCACGCACUACGCCUCAAAUUUGGAAUAUACAAACUUCAGAGAUGGAAUGGAAAAAGCUAUUUUUGAGGGUUAAAGGUGUAAAAUACAGAGAAACUAAAUAAGGUGUCAAAGCUCUUGUAACGAUAAGCGAUCCAAAUACACCGUUCAUUUGGAUUUUUAGAACAUUGUUGUGAGGAAUUGUACUGUGCAUAUGAAAUCUGUAUAUGGUCUCCAGCCUGCAACUGUUACUUUUGGUCUAUCUAGUCCACCUAAUCCACAGUAUUGCCUUGGUGUUUAUCUAACAACCUGUCCACUUCACCUGGCUAGUUCCUUCUUGAAAUUCAUUAAAGUUUCUUCUUGU